GGGUGUCCCCCCGCGCGCGCGCGCCGGCUGUCCUGGGCCAUGCUGUGCCGCGCGCUGCUUCACCGCGCUUCGGCCGCGCCGCCCCGUCGGUCCUCGCCGCUUCCCCUGCAGCAUCUCUUGGACGGCUACCAGUGCGGCCGGGAAGAUGACCACCUGUCUUAUGGGGAAAUGGGAAUGCCGGUCCCUCCUUUCGGCUGCGCCUUUUCCGCAGUCCCCAGUUUGGAACAUGUACUGGCAGUUGCAAAUGAAGAAGGAUUUAUUAAACUGUAUGAUACUGAAGCUCAAACUACCAGCAAACUCAUCUUUAAGGAAUGGCAGGCUCACUCAAAUGCUGUAUUUGACCUUGCCUGGGUACCAGGGGAACACAGGAUUGUCACUGCUUCAGGAGAUCAGACAGCUAAGGUGUGGGAUGUGAGAGCUGGCGAGCUUCUUGGCAUAUGCAAAGGUCACCAGUGUAGCCUUAAGUCAGUUUCUUUUUCUAGAUUUGAGAAAGCUGUCUUCUGCACUGGAGGCAGAGAUGGAAACAUCAUGGUUUGGGAUACCAGAUGCAACAAGAAAGAUGGAUUUUAUAGGCAGGUGAAUCAAAUCAGUGGAGCACACAAUGUGGUUGACAAGCAGACUCCUUCCAAAUCAAAGAAGAAGAGGCAGAACCUAAGAGGACUUGCUCCCUUGGUGGAUUUCCAGCAGAGUGUAACUGUGGUACUGCUUCAGGAUGAGCAUACUCUUAUCUCUGCAGGAGCUGUUGAUGGUGUGAUCAAAGUAUGGGACUUGCGUAAGAACUAUGCUGCUUACCGUCAGGACCCGGUGCCUUUCAAGUCUUUUUGCUACCCUGGGACCAGUACUCGAAAACUUGGAUAUUCUAGCCUGGUUUUGGAUUCCACUGGUGCUAAUCUGUUUGCUAACUGCACCAAUGACAGUAUCUACAUGUUCAAUAUGACAAGUUUAAGGACCACUCCAGUGGCUGUUUUUAGUGGGCACCAGAAUUCAACCUUUUACAUCAAAUCCAGCAUCAGCCCAGAUGACCAGUUUCUGGUCAGUGGCUCGAGUGACUGCAAUGCUUACAUCUGGAAGGUUUCUGAGCCCAGACUUCCUCCACGGAUACUCCUUGGUCACUCUCAAGAAGUUACCUCCAUUGCUUGGUGUCCUUCAGACUUCACUAAGAUUGCCACCUGCUCUGAUGAUAACACUGUGAGGAUUUGGCGCUUACGACGUCAUCCUGAGGAGAAAUCAGCUUUCAGCAAAACCAACUUGGUGGGCUGGGUCACUCAGAAGAGACCAGAAGAACAAUGUGGAACAGGACUGCCAGCCAGCCCACAGAGUACUCCUGCCAAGGUCUUCACAGUGGGCAGCCCAUGCAUUUCCUCGCCACGGCUGGCUGCCUGUGCUCCCAUUUAUUCUGGAGACCUUCCUCUGUCUACAGUCACUCCAACGGGCACUCCCAAACCCCAGACGGCUGCAGCCUGCACCCCGGCCAAGCAGAGUGGAGCCAGCCCAUGCGCUUCUCCCAGACCAAUCCCUUCCUCCAAAAUGUCCAUUAAACAUUGGGUUACAAGGACUCAGUGCUCUUCUCCUACAGAAAUGGGGAAAAAGGCUUCUUCUCCUAGAAAAGCACUGGCAGAAGUCACCCAAGGUCUUCUGGAAGGCACUUGCCCUCCUAAAGCUCCACAGUCCCAGUUUGAAAAGCGUGCCAAGAGAAGGCUUGACUGCAGCAAGGACGACAGUGCAGGGAAGAAGUGUCUGCAGGCCUGUAGCUGUGUGACUGAACUGGACCAUGUGGCUAAGAAAUCCAAGCUGAACUUAUGUCACUUGGCUGCAGACCAAAAGGCUUGUGAUGAAGGCUCUUUCAGCCUGGCUGACUUGGAUAAUGACAGCGAAGGCUCCAGCCACAGCCCAAAAGAGCCUUCCUUUCCUGGAAGCCGUAUUAAUCCAUUGGGCGUUCAAACUCCCCUCCAUCUUUUCAGAUCUCCAUGUGCAAAAGACACUGAGGUAGUAGAUAAAGAGAAUAGUUCACCUGAAAGAAAAAAUUGGUUGUCUGCUCUGGGAGAGAAGCUACGGACUGGCAGAGCUGGCAGCCAGAGCACAUCAAACAGCCCCCCAUCAUCUUGCAGUCCUGGUACCAAACGACAAGAGGCUGUGGUAGCAGCCACUUCACCGAAAACUGCUGCAGCCACUUCGGUUUCUAUGAGGAAGAUCUGCACAUACUUCCACAGAAAGCCACAGAAUGACUGAAGUGGCAUGCGGUGAUUGCACCUGAUGGGUGUUGACACUAUGGUAUCAAGACCAGAUUUAGCAACACCAACAACAAUUCACUGGGAUUACAGUUUGUUGUCAGACAUUCAUAAGCUUGGAGUGUUAUUCUUCUGGUUUUAAUGAUGUUAACAGUUGAAGUCAGCUGAGUGUGGAAGGUCUACACAAUGCUUACUUGUGGUCUCUUACUGAGUUUGGAUGAUGGAUUUUUUUUUUUUAUAAAGAAAACCAGAGUAUUUUUUAAAUGGCAACUGUUAUAGUCCAAAGACAGCAACAGCUCUGCUGUGCAUUGUUGACAGGCACAUAUAGCUUGUAAGUUUAUGUUACUGAUCUGCUGUUGAAACUUCCUCUACUCAAGAAUAAUGUGUAAAUCAUUACACCCUCUUGAAAAACAAGUGUUGGAAUUUGCGUAGAGAAACUUAUUGGAGGUAGAUCUGAGCCCCUUCAUGCUGAUGGCAUUUCUACAGUUAUUCCUCUAGUACUGCAAAUGACUACCUCCUUCCAGCAGGAAAGUUAUGUAUGUGUUAAGUAAAUAUAAAAGACUUUUAAACACCCUGUGUCCACCUGACGGUGAUUAUAGUCUAAGCGGCGACAAAGUACGUAAUGCCUGUACUCCUCUUGCCAUCCCCUUUCUUCUCCCAGUCUGAAAACUUCUGUAUUUACAGACUCAGCUGGCUCUUGAACCAUCAGCACUACAGUUGUUGAGGCCAACAGCUUGUCACUUCUCUGAAAUAAAAUACUGGCAAGGCAUGUUAGAAGAAUAAGUUUGAUCUAUCCCAAGUGGGCAUCCCAUAACAGCCAGUCGCUCGGUCACCUCUUACAGAUUCAGCCUGUAGCAAAGGCAUUAAUAACUGUUUAUAACUUGAUAACACUUUUAUAGUACAAAAAUAAUAGCUUGUGAAUUGGGGGAGGGGCACUUGACAUUUUAGAAAGCACUUGACAGAGUUUACGUAUUAAUAUUAAAUGCUUUGCCAUUGUAAGUUGGCACUGAUGCUGAUAGAAUAAGGUCACUGAAAUGAGAUCACUGUCCUGCUGGCUAAUGAUACUAACUCAUUCGUCAUGCUUUCCCCAGGGGAACCUAGUAGAAGAUCCUAAUCUUUGGUUGGAGCAUUUAUUUGGUCUUCUCGUAUAAUAGUUCCUAUGAAGUUUAGAAAAAAAACCCACAACAAACAAACCAAACCUCUGAAUCCCUAUUAAGUUUUUCUACUACAAAAGAAUUGAGUUAUUUGAAGGGGAUGUGAUCCAACUAACUCAUGUUUUCCAGCUGAAAUUUUCACACCUACUUUAUAGUAACAUUGAAUAGUACAGUAGCUGAAAGGGAUUAGAGGAAAACGUGCUGGUUUGUAUUUUAUGUUGUAGAUUGUGUUUUGCAGGGAAAUAAAUGACUUGAGGGAAACCAGCUUUUGUGAAAGGUCUCUUACAGCUGCAAAUCAAAAGUAAAUGUGUAGUGUGCUUUCUUAAAAAAAGAAAAGUAGUCAUCAAGUUGUAGCUUUUAGCAGGAGGACCCAGGUAUGUAGAGGGGUCAGAACAACUUUCUCCCAUGAGCUUUGAGGAGAUGCCGUUAGGAAAAGUAAUGUAAUGCUUCAGGCAUUUUUUUAUAAUUUUAGUUUAAAAAAAUGGAUUUUUAAAAAGCAAUUAUCUGAAUAGAUCUAGUGUCUUGUGCAAAACGUGAAUAUAAAAAUAUGUUAGUAUAAUUCUAACCUACUUCUGGAUAUAGAGCUGGAUGAAAGCAGUAGAAACAAAACCUAAAAUAAGUAGGUUUGGGAUUGUAUUCUGUCUUAGUUUUCAUUAUUAGAGCAACUGUGUAGGGUACAACCUGCCUUGCCUAUAGCCAGUUUUUCAUUCAGGAUUCAUCUAUGCGGUUUGUAAACAACAGGUUGCAGGAUAAGGAUAUAUUGACCCUAUUGAAGAACAGGCGAGUUGUCAGACAUUUCAGCAACAGGAUUUCAUGUUCCUCCACUUCUUUCACAAUAUUUUCCUCCUCCAGAAACAUUCUGCAGCAAAGCCAUUAUCUCCUAUAUCUUAUAAAUGGCUAUCUAGAGAUGAUUUAAACUGAUGAGUUACCUCUUGGAUGAAUAAUUUUGUGUGGGAAUGUGAGAUUUUCUCCUUUCAAGUAGUACCUGUUUAGUGUAACAACUUGUUUUAUGGACCACCAGGCAUACUUUCUUAUAUCUUAAGCUGAUAUCAACCUGGUUCAGAGCUUAGGAAAAUUAACUGAAACUUAUAUUCUUCUAUGUCCAACUGCCUUGACCUUAUUGUGAUAAAAUCAUGACUGCGAACGCAUGGAAGAAUUGCUGAUACAAAUCGUAUGUCAAAUGGUUUAAGGUAACCAGUGCUGUCUUUACCUGAGACACCUGCUGAACUAAGCAUUCGAAGAACUGAGCUCUUGCUUUGAGUCAGCAAGCUAUACCUCUGAAUUAUCUUUCCUUCUAAAGGAUUUACAGAAACUCUGUACUCCAUGAUUUAUAAUCAAAUUAAGCCUUUGGAGAUAUUAUUCUCAAAUCAUAUGUAUAUAUGUAGAUCCCACCUUGUGUAUCUUGCAGGUUUUUCCAAGUGGAUGAUACUGCUUACUGAUGUCUUGUCUCUGUCCUCAGUGUUUACCCUCUAAUUGCCAAGGGGGAUUUGAGAAUGACCAUGGCAGUUUAUGAUGGUCCUAUUUCCAAUAGUUGUUACUACUGCUUUGCUGGAAGCUAUGACUCUCACUGCUCAGCUUUGAGCAGUCAACCAGUUUUAGUUUAAUAGUAGUUUGACAGUGACUUGGCAAAACUGAAGAGGCACUCCCAGGAUCUGUACAGAUGCAUGGUCAGCAAGCCUUGGCAAGCAUUUCUUCUGGUAACAGCACUGACUGAAGAAUCCCUUGGGGAAGCUAACUACAAAGAAAACCAAACAUUUAAUUGCCUCAGUUCCCUGACUCAGCAGCUUGUUAUGCCGAAACCAUUAAGGGGACAGAAGUGAGGGUGUGGCGACGGCAUUGCCACUGAGGGGACUGUUCUGUCAAACUAUCUCUUGAUGUGUAGAGUUGGUAGCUUCUUGUUGGUCAGGGAGUGCUAAAAUCAAGUCUUCCUUUGUCACCGUUGUUUCUGCAGCCUGUGAAAAUGGCUGAAAUCUCCUGGAUGGUCCAUCUUACCUUUGAGGGUCCAGACCACCCUGUAAACUGACCUACAGAGUUUAAAGGAAAACACACUACUGUGGCAUUGAGAAAUGUUCCAGGUGCUAUCUCUGUGUGGUAUAUAAUAUCUUAACAAGUCUUGUUUAGAAAUAGAUGCUUUUCAGCCAGGGAUUUACCAAAAGCAUUUGGUAGCUGGCUAGAGGUAUCACUAUAUUCAAGGGUUUACAUGUAGGCCUUGCAUCCAGAAUGCCUCUUAAAGACGUUCUUCAAGGUUAAAUAUUAAGAGUUUUUUUAUAGCCAAUACUGGCUUGGCAGUAAAUGCAAAAUAGUGUUCAUCUUCAGGUCCAUUGCAAUCAAAUGUCAUUUUUGCCUCUCUCUGAUUUGUGUAUGGUCCAGUCUACAACAAAUAAAAUACAUUCUGCCACUA